AUGUCUGUGGGCAUAUCGCUAUCGCAGCUGCUGGUAGAUAACCCCGAACCGCUUCCUAGUGGCAUUGAGGCGCUAGAUGAGUGUCUUGGCGAUGGGUUCCAAGCGAGAUCCAUCUACGAGAUCUAUGGACCGCCUGGCGUUGGGAAGACCCGCCUGGGAUUGCAACUGGUAGAACGGGCUCAAGGAAAUGCUCUCUGGAUAGAAACUUUCAAACCAAUGCCUUCCGGUCUUCUGAGUCCCGCCACGAAGGACAAGUGCCUGCACACAAGAUGUACCAAGUUUACCCAGCUCCUUUACCUCUUCCGCUGGCUGCUGCUACGAGCCCAGGACGAGCCGGAAAAACAGGCUGACCGCCAGCUGGUGGUCAUCGACGGCUUCUCGCAGCUUGUCUGCGAUCAUAUGUAUCAUCUCCAGGCCAGAAGCUCCGAUAGAAACAUGCAUGACAUCAAGUGCCGGCAUCUGAUCGCGAUCUUUACCGCAAUUACCAAGUUCACGCACUCUACGAAGUCUACAGUGCUUCUGCUGGACCAUUGCAUGAAUACCUCCUUCCAGAACGGCUCCGCCGGCACGUUUGAACAAGAUUUGGAUGUGGUAGACGAUGGUUUCAAUUUCUUCGUCACUAGCUCGACUACAAAGAGAGUGCAAGUACUCAAAAGCGCGCUCACAGCCGGCGGAGUUGGCAUGGGAUCCCGAGAUUCCAGAUGGGAAGCCUUCCUGGAUCGCAGGAUUGCCCUUUUCUGGGAUUGGGACCGGGCCUCGAAGUCUGGCGAUCACCGUCCACACCUUCCCUUGAAGAAAACUAGAAUUGCAUUCGUUACGUCGGCCGGUUCCCCCGGGAGAAGCAAUCCCAUAGUGAUUCCCUGGCAGGAAUGGCACAAUGAGCGACCCAUAAGCACUUCCAAACCUACAGAGCUCGAUGAGGUCGUCUGGGACAGCGAGGGAUAG